GAUAGAACAGGUCUUGCUAGGCUGAAUAUCAUGAAUGCGAUGCCAGCAGAUUCCGGAGAAUAUUCUUGCGAAGCAGUGAACGUUCUUGGCAAAGACGUAACAGAAUGUCGGGUUAAAGUCACCGGGGAUACUACCAAGUCAGUCUCUAGAAGCCCUAGCCGAAGCACUAGCGAAUCCCUUGGCUAUGUUUCGGACGAUUCUCGUGCUCCCAUCAUAAUUCGACCACUCAUGAAUGCCGUUGUAAAAGCUGGAGGCCGUGAAAUGCUCGAGCUAGAAGUCGACGGUACCCCAACUCCAAUGAUCGAAUGGUAUCACAAUGGUAAGCUGGUUUCGGAGAGCAGAACUGUCCGCAGUAACUUUGACGGACGAGUGGCGUUCUUGAAAUUUUAUGAUGCUCAACCUAAUCAUCAAGGACAGUACAUCUGCAAGGUCUCCAACAAACUGGGAGUAGUCGAGUCUAGAGCUGAACUGAUAGUCGAACAAGAAAUAACUGAUCUUCCAAAUGCACCCACAUUCGUCAAGAAGCUUCAAGACAUUACAGUGCCAAAGGAAGGCGAUACGGUGACAUUGAGCUGCCAAGCUCGCGGAGAUCCCAAGCCAGAAUUCCGUUGGCUUCGAGAUGGUCAACCUGUCGACGCUGUACGUUGCCGAAGCAGAGCCUUCGAUGACGGUACUGCAACCCUCGAAAUUGCCAAAAUGAGUGAAGAACUCUGCGGGACCUACACCGUCGUUGCCGUGAAUUCAGCAGGAGAAGCGCACUCAUCUGCAAAUAUCAGACUGGAUCAUGUUGAAGAGAAGGUAGUUGGUUAA